AUGGAGGCCGGAACAUCGAAGGCUCCUCCGAAAAAGCGUUCUCGGAAGUCAAAAGAGGGAUUGGUACCGCCUUCCCCAGUACCGGAAAGCCCUCAAGUCCGAGAUGAUGACCACGAGUUCGACGCCGAAGCCGCCAUGGAUUUCACACUACCGAAGGCUGAACUCGACAACACCAUCCAAGAUCAGGAAGGUCCCAGCCAGCAGGCGAGCAAGAAAGGCAUCUACAACGACGGCUAUUACUACGGCUGGACUCCCGAAUGGCACCCCGAGUUUAUGUACAGGAUUCCGGGAGACGUCGCGCUAUCGUCAAUUAAGAAGGGCGGCUCGGAAGGACGAGGACGUAACGAAAUUGGCAAAUUUCUGGGUAUGGACACUUCGACAAAACCCGGAAAUCGACGGGUCAGCAGCUACAUCCUGGCAGCCCAAAAGGAGCAUCCAGAGCAUGUUGGACAAUACCAGAAAAUGGAGGGCAAAAUCCGGAUGAUAAAGUAUUUCUGGAAACAGUCGUCGGAGCCCGAAUCGUUCAAGAAGCUCUUUCGUCAGUUUGAAGCGCUCACCGGCCGCGAGUGCCCUUUCACGAUGGGACAAAUAUUGAAAUUCCCGGGGACUGGUUUCAGCACGCUGCGGAUCUCGGACGUCAGCUUGAGAAGAUUGAAUGAUAUUUUGGAGAUGAUAAGAGACGAGGUGGUGCUCGUGCCGCUCCAUAAGGUCAUCAAAAUCAUUCAUCAGAAGGAGACCAACCUGGGAUAUCAGUUUCAAAUAGACAAGAAAAGUAUGAUGAAGUGCCUGCUGGCCCUCCAGAAAGAGGGCUUUCUGCGGGUGUUUGAUUGCUCGGUGAUGUACGAGAAUGUGGAUACGAAGAUACAGCUCAUCGCACAACCGCACAUAACGUCUCCCGGUUGUCCAGAGGUGGUGGAGGCCAUUCAGAAGACAAUCGACCAUUACCACGCCGAGGGUCGUGUCUUCCCGCAUGGACAAUUCCGUAAUUUACGGGUU